AGUCUCCAAAUGAAGCAGACAUGGCAGAGGAAGCAGAGGCAGAGGUCCAGAGUCAGGGUGAGCCCACAGAAACGUAGAAGCAGCAGCGGCGCUCACUGAGCUGAGCUGACGGAUCAGCGCCAUCUGAGCACGCUCAGCUCUCCAGAACCAGGGAAACAAGUCUCCAUGACAACAUCCUCUCCUCUGUUGCUCCUGUAAGAUGUUUAAGUGAAAAAGAAUCUUUUAGUGACGUGUUUUAUUUUA